GCCGCGGUGACGUCAGACGUCGGCGUCACGGCGUCGCCCGCACCCCGCUCCCAAGAUGGCGUCGCUGCUGCAGUCGGAGCGGGUGCUGUACCUGGUGCGCGGCGAGAAGGAGAUGCGGGCGCCGCUGUCGCAGCUGUACUUCUGCCGCUACUGCAGCGAGCUCCGGUCCCUGGAGUGCGUCUCGCACGAGGUGGACUCUCACUACUGCCCCAGCUGCCUGGAAAACAUGCCUUCAGCUGAAGCCAAGCUGAAAAAGAAUAGGUGCGCUAACUGCUUUGACUGCCCCUGCUGCAUGCACACCCUUUCUACACGGGCCACGAGCAUUCCUUCACCGCUCCCUGAUGACCCAGCCAAGACUACCAUGAAGAAAGCUUAUUACCUGGCCUGUGGAUUUUGCCGCUGGACUUCCAGGGAUGUGGGCAUGGCAGACAAGUCUGUUGCUAGUGGUGGCUGGCAGGAGCCGGAGAAUCCUAACACACAGAGGAUUAACAAAUUGGUUGAGUAUUACCAGCAGUUGGCUCAGAAGGAGAAGAUUGAGCGGGACCGGAAGAAGCUGGUGCGACGCCGGAACUACUUGCCCCUGGCCUUUUCGCAACACACUAUACACGUAGUGGACAAAUACGGAUUGGGAACCAGGCUUCAACGGCAGAGGCCUGGAGCUCCGAUCAGUGCCCUCGCUGGACUCUCGCUGAAAGAAGGAGAGGACCAGAAGGAGAUCAAGAUCGAGCCAGCUGAUGCAGUGGAAGAAGUGGAACCUCUUCCUGAGGAUUACUACACAAGACCAAUCAAUCUGACAGAAGUGACAACUCUGCGUCAGCGCCUGCUGCAGCCUGACUUCCAGCCAAUCUGUGCUUCCCAGCUCUACCCACGUCAUAAGCACCUCCUGAUCAAACGUUCGCUGCGCUGUCGGAAAUGUGAACAUAACCUGAGCAAACCAGAAUUCAAUCCGACAUCUAUCAAAUUCAAGAUCCAGCUGGUUGCUGUUAACUACAUCCCUGAAGUGAGAAUCAUGUCUAUUCCCAACCUGCGCCACAUGAAGGAGAGCCAGGUCCUUCUGACUCUGACCAAUCCAGUGGAGAAUAUCACACAUGUAACCCUGCUGGAGUGUGAGGAGGGAGACCCUGACAACAUCAACAGCACUGCCAAGGUGGCAGUUCCUCCCAAGGAGCUUAUUCUGGCUGGCAAAGAUGCUGCAGCAGAGUAUGAUGAACUGGCAGAGCCUCAAGACUUCCAGGAUGACCCUGACGUUAUUGCCUUCAGAAAAGCCAAUAAGGUAGGAGUUUUCAUCAAGGUCACCCCACAGAAAGAAGAGGGCGAAGUGACCGUGAGUUUCAAGAUGAAGCACGAGUUUAAAAACCUCGCAGCUCCAAUCCGUCCCAACGAUGAUGGUGAUCAUAGUAGCUCGGAGGUCAUUUGGCUUACCCAUCACGUGGAGCUCAGCCUCGGUCCAGUGCUGCCAUAAAUGCUCCCGACACUUGUGCCCCAACGGCUGGCUGCAGAAUGGACUGUCACAGGGAAGGAAGCAGCUGGUGGAACGUUCUGCGAGAGCUCUUUUGUGAUGUGUGGGUGUGUGCCAUGGGCCCCUGCCAGGCCACAAGGAGGUGGCUGAGGGUGCUUUGGGAUGGUUUGUUCUCUCUCCUCUUGUCGUAGUGCCCACUAACUGCCGCUCUGCUUCCCCACGCCGCCACAGCUGGUUUAACUUGGAGCACGUGUUUCAGCACAGAGGAAGAUCUGGCUUUCUCUGCACUUGCACUACACCUGUCUGGAUUUGGUUUUUUUCAAUAGAAAAGAACCCGUAUUGGUUUUGCUUCAUGUCAUCCCUGCUGUUACAUACUCAAUAGUGAACAACUUUUUCUCACAGAGUUGUCUGCUGCCUGAACAAACGGGGUGGCUGUGUCUGCUGCAUUACCGGCAAGCUUUUGGCAGCAGUACGGUGGUUUCUUUUCUUGGUUUUCUGCUUCCUUGUAGGAUGCCUCAGCUAUAGGGGACUGGGAUGUACAACCCUACCGCUCUGGCAUGUGUAGCUUGCUUAGCAGAGGUGGCAGAUCUGUUUUCACGUGGGAAAUGAUCAAUUUAAACUCAAAAUGUAGUGUAAUGUUCAUGGCUCUGGCUGGCAACUGAGGCUGCUGUCAGCCUGCGGUGUUGCAGCUGGAUGUGGUGGCGUAGUGUGCUGCGAGCGGGGAAUUUGGGUCCUGCUGCAGCUCUUGACGGAGGCAGAGAUGUUCUGGAGAAGCUGCCUGACAGUCGUCAGAUCAACAAAUGUGUGUUAAUAGGGGUAGCAAUCAGUAUGAAACUGGGACAGUAACAUUUAGGUCUGAUAAACGUGAACCUAGAGGCUGUUGGAGUUUAUACACCUUGUCUUUCCCAAUUAGAGUGGGAAGGAGGUAGAUGUAAAUGUGGACGGACGGUUAGUUAGAUGUUAACUAGGAUACGCUAUACUAUAAGGUAUUUGAUCUAGGGUGUCAUUGGGUUGUAGUCCAAGAUAAAAUCGGUAAUUAAGGGCAGUGUCUCCAGGAUACUGAGUGCCAGGAACAGCAAUGGCUUUAGCGCAGGGGGGUGAGAUCGUGCUCCCUGGAGAGCGUUCCCUAUUCACACAUCAACCUUCAUUAAACAUUUCUGAUGGGCUGUGCGUUGUUAUGCUCGGAAAGGCUUGAAUACCAGCCAGCCGCGUUGCUGAGACACUUGUGCCAUGGUUCUGCCAGCCUGGAGCUGCAAAUCCCCUGCACGGGAGGGCAGGAGGUGGCUGCCUGCUCUCCAGGGGAGAGAAAGCGCAAGAAAUCUGCCUUGUUGUGCCUGGUGGGACACAUGCCUUACGGCCUGGAUCCCGCAGCAGGUCUCAAAGUGGCAAGGCACCACGUGUACAACGUGGCGUGGGGUGCACACAGAUGCGCAGCAUGAGUUUGAGACUUGUAGUGCGUAGUUCAUGUCUAGUGCUCGUGCCUGCUGCGGCUUUACCUGUCUGGAUAGCAAAGCACUUAACUUUGGGCCUUGACUUCUCCUCCAGUAGCCAAAAUAGCUGCUACACUUGCAACACUAACGUGGAAAAGAGCCUGCCAGGGACGAGCUGCCGGCUGACCGAGGCCUCGAGCUGCUGCAUGGGGUCCCGCUGGGCUGUGGCUGCCAUCCUGCUCCAGAACGCUUGCUUCCUCACUGAAAACGAAAAGGUGCACUGAGUUAGGAUAUUCUGAGUGGUCUAAUUAGCUCGUUGAGGUUUUUUCCCCACUCCCCGUAGGUGCUUGUAGGUGAUAGGAAAGGUGUCCUUGCGUCGGUCCCUGCUCCCUGGAGCACUUGUCACCCCCUCUGACUGUUGCCUUACUGCUUGAUGUCGUGUAGUGACCUUCAAUAAAGCAAACGUGGCUCUCAGAGUCU